AUGGCCUUCAAAUUCCUUUCGAAUAGCACUCUCCGGGGCGAAAAGGCCACCUUUAGAACCACCCUGCGCAGCACCUUUACCCCAGCCACGAUCCUGCGCCUCAUCCUUCGCCUCUUCCAAUUCGUCAUGGGUCUCACCGUCAUCGGCAUGUACGCCGUCGACCUCGACAACGCACGCAAGCAAGGCAAAUACGUCGACUCCAAGUGGGUUUGGGCUACCCUCUGCGGCGCCCUCGGUGCCUUUGUCUCCCUCCUCUUCAUGAUCCCCUUUUUGGGGCGCAUGGUGCUAUUGUUUGCAGCGGACGUAGUGGUGUUUAUUUGCUACAUUGUGGCGUUUGGAAUUUUCGGGAAUAUGUAUAUUGGGGAGGAUGCGGAGGGAAAUAAGGGCGUGCAGAGGAUGAAGAACGGAGUGUGGGUCCUGCUGACGAAUGUGGUGCUUUGGUUUAUCUCGGCGGUUGUGGGUGCGGGAUUGUUUUGGAGGGCGAGGAAGGCAAGGACGACGCAUACCGGACGGGCCCCGCAGCACGUCUAG